AUGCACGCACUACUCGAAAGUGCCAUUGUGGCAGACGUUCGUCUAGAGCGAAAGCUUCGCUAUGACUGCGCGAAGUUAAAGGCCAGAGGCCACCUGUGGGGAGUAUCACGCUCCCGCUAUACUUCAGCUGCUUCUGAAGCCGCAAGUUCACGACAAUCUUUUGAUAAGAACUCGCCCGCUCUCACUACAACGAGUGAGAAGCGUUACGCUCGGCAAGACGAGCUCGGCCGUGGCGCUCAAAAACGUCAACGGCGUAUGUGCAGUCUUGCCGAAGGGGAACCCUAUACUCCAAUAGUUUUUCAGACUCAGGGUACCCACACCACUUCAGCAGAUAUUGAUAGUGACCAUCAUGACGACGUCGUUAAAAUACCCGUUCCACAUGGAACUGUAAGUUCCCUUGCUUACCAAGCAACGCCUGUGUCGGUCGUAGUAUCGGCUGAAGGCCAUGCUGAGUUGGUGAAGAAAGCGGAGGAUCUCCGUGAGACUUUACGUCAGACUCAGAACGCCCUGGUCGAAGCCCGAUUUCGUCUGGCGACGUUGGAAGGCAACCGCGCCCAUCUUCAGAUGAUGGAGUCACGCCAGACUCGUGUCGAGACUCAACUUGAUCUCUUAAUUCGGAUGCAAAAUCCUGUGGCAACGCCAAUGUACGCGGCGCAAGCGCCUUCAAGUCAGCACGGGACGGGUCCCGGUAUGGCUUAA